ACAUGCUGUGGAAUGACAAACGUGUGUUAGAGAUAUACUGUACAGAAAAGUAAGAAGAAUAGUCUAAGUAAGAAGAAAAAACUAUGUGAGGAUCGUCUCAGGGUUUACCAGCCAAAAGAUUUCCAAGGUCAGAGAGGACAAGAAAGUGACAAAACAAGCAACAGGAAGGGACUAAAAAGACCUAGCUAGUGAAAUCUUUCCAAAAUGGCACUUUUACCAAAGCUGGGCUUUUUCAUCAUUGUAUUAAUAAUAUUUAGUUCUUCAUGCUGGGCUGAUGUAAAGAGCAGCAGCAGCAGCAGUAGUCAAAGCUCAUCCAGCAGUAGCGCGGCGUCAGAAAGUACUGGCAAUGCUUCAGCAUCGACCAUCACGACUCUGCCAGUCGUCACAUGGAAAUGGCACCACGUGGAAACCCCGUACUUGGUUGCUUUAUGGAUCUUCGUCUGCUGGCUUUGCAAACUAAUGAUACAAAUGAAUACCUGGCUCAAAAGCUUUUUUCCUGAAAGUGGACUCCUGAUCAUCUCUGGUUUUGUUCUUGGUGGUAUUAUCUGGGGCGCAGACAAAGUACAGACAUUUAAGCUCAGCCCAAGAAACUUCUUCUACUUCUUACUGCCACAGAUCAUACUGGACACAGGCUACUUCAUGCCCAACAAGCUAUUCUUUAGCAACUUGGGCGCCAUCUUGAUUCAUGCUGUUAUCGGGACAGUCUGGAACGCAGCUGCAGUGGGAGUCUCUCUCUGGGGCUGCUUUCUAGGAGGAGCUAUGGGUGACCUCAAUAUCGGACUGUUACAGUUUCUGCUCUUCGGCAGCUUGCUUGCUGCUGUAGAUCCAGUGGCUGUGAUUGCUGUGUUUGAGGAGGUGCAUGUGAACGAAGUGCUUUUUAUCUGGGUGUUUGGAGAGUCGCUGCUCAAUGAUGGAGUUACAGUGGUGCUGUACAAUGUUUUUGAUGCCUUUGUCUCUCUGGGAGGAGAAAAAAUUAAUGCUGCUGAAAUCAUCAAAGGAAUAGUCUCAUUUUUCAUUGUGGCAUUUGGGGGGUCAAUGGUUGGUGUUGCGUUUGCCAUCAUCAUCUCACUGUUGACCAAGUUUACAGGGAAAGUUCAGAUCAUCGAGGCUGGUUUCAUCUUUGUGCUCGGCUAUUUGUCUUACCUCACAGCCGAGAUGCUUUCCCUCUCUUCCAUCCUUUCAAUCACUUUCUUUGGUGUUUGCUGCCAGAAAUAUGUGAACGCUAACAUGGAUGAAAAGUCUGUUACUACAGUGCGCUACACUAUGAAAGUAUUUGCAGUUGGCUCAGAAACCAUGAUCUUUGUUUUCUUGGGCAUCAGUGCCAUCGAUAAUGUCAUCUGGGUGUGGAAUACUGGCUUUAUUUUGCUUACUCUGCUCUUUGCGAUAAUCUACAGAUUUAUGGGUGUCUUUGCCUUGACCUGGAUGCUGAACAGGUAUAGACUGGUUCCCAUAGAGUACAUCGAUCAGCUAGUGAUGAGUUAUGGUGGGUUGCGUGGAGCUGUGGCAUAUGGGUUGGCAGCUUCACUAGAUGAGACCAGGAUUAAAGAGAAGAACCUAAUAAUCAGCACAACACUCAUUGUGGUGUACUUCACUGUCAUAAUUCAGGGUCUCACUAUGAAGCCUCUUGUCAAGUGGCUAAAAGUGAAGAGGGUGGUACCGUCUGAACUGAAACUUGUUGAGAAAGUGAACAACAGGGCAUUUGAGCAUAUCCUGGCAGCAAUGGAGGACAUUUCUGGACGCAUAGGAGAUAACUGGUGGACUAGAGGAUGGAAGAGGUUUGAGGAGACGUACAUUACCUGGUUUUUGAUGAAAGAAGAAGCCAGGAAAAACCAAGACUACCUUUUCAGCAUCUUCCAUAAACUGAAUCUGGAGGAUGCUGUUAAUUAUGUCAACAAGGGAGAAAAAAAAGGAUCUCUGGCUUUCCUGCGCAACAAUGAAGGCACUAAUGUUAAUUUUGAAAAAAAAAUUGGUUUGGAGUUUUCUGGAGUGAUGCCUGACUUCAUGUCUGAGUUAGACUAUGGCACUGACAGCAUGCCAAUGACCUCCAAUAUACGUGACACCGUUCCCUCAGUGUCUCUGAACAUUCAUGAACAAGAUAGAAAAGGCAUCAACGAGGACAUCAAUGCCCACCACUUACUGCAGCAACAUCUGUACUGUAGUAGGAAAAAUCACCGCCACAGAUACAGCCGAAGUGACUUCACCAUCAACCAGAAUGAAGAUGAGAUGCAGGAGAUCUUCCAAAGAACCAUGAGAAGUCGCCUUGAAUCGUUUAAAUCCGCCAAGAUGGGGGUUACUCCGGCUAAGAAAAUCACAAAGCAUGGCAAGAAAGACACAAACCAGAAAAUGUCUAAUUGGAAGGCUUCAGAAAAUGCAGCCUAUCCAUAUGGAGAUGAAGAUUUUGAGUUCUCAGAAGUAGACAGCACAUCCAGCAGUGAUGGAAAAGCUGCAGGUGCCAAUUUCCCUUCAACAUACACUACUGGAGGUAUAGAAAACCCAGCCUUCAUGCCCGAGUUGGAUGCUCCUCCUCCUCCAUGGUUAACAGAGGCUGAGAAUGACGCCAGCGUGGCACUUUCUCAAACGGCACAGCGCCACCUACCGCAGAGUCCCAACAACCUGCGCCGCCUGGCACCGUUGAGGAUCAGUGACUACUCAACAGACUCCUUUCUGAUGGCUGAUGCUCCUUCAACGGAGGAAUCACACGAGGAACCGUUUGAGGAACCACCUAAAAGGGAUGGCACACAUAUGUAGCCUUCAUAUUAUUAUUUUCACAUUAGCUUGCUACGUCGCUAGAUCAGGAUUUACCUGGUGGCUACAGUAGGUAUGCAUCUGAUCUCGAGUAAGAUCAGCAUACAGUUUAGAGGUUAGUCCUUCAGUUGUAAGUAAUCAUUUGUUCUCGCUCAUCUCCGUCUCUGUGAAGACUUAUAUUGUAAUAAUGUAAGGUAAUAAUGUGCCAGUAGCUUGCCAGAGAAACAUUCCACUGAUGGUUACUUUUUACUUGAGUGCUUUUGAAUAUUUUCUUGGACAAUUAAAUGUCACAGGAAUGUUUCAGUACCUUAACACAAUCCUGGAGUUAAUAAAUGUUGUUAUUUGGGCUGUAAUAUUCAUAAUAGCUGCUCCAGACAUAAGGUUUACUCCCUACAGUGUUUAGGGAGGAAAGAAACAACACUUUUAUACUAAACGUUGACUGGAUUAGCUUCAAUUUAAAGCAGUUCCUUAAGAAUUUCUGAGAUUUUUUUUUUUUUUGUGAUUGUUGAGCGGUUGUAACUCUUGAAAUCCCAGAGGGACUGAUUUAUUUUGUGUAAAAGCACUUGUACUUGAAUAAGAUGAUGAAACACUUGAUCUUUCUCGCCUUCACCAAUAAAUAAAUGAUAAAUUAUUCUGAAUUUACGUAACUACUAAAAUUCUCUGAGCUCCUUCUCCUUGUUCAGCUUCUAAGCGUCGAUGACGCUAUUUAUUUAUAUAUUUUAUUUACUCUCUGGACACCAAACCUUGUAAAAUAAACAUUGUAUGGUUAUUUA